CGCAGCCAUAUUGAGUCAAACAGCUGUUGAAGGGACGACUUCUGUACGCUCCGUUGUUUUUGUCGUUUUAAUUAACAAAAAAUGUGUAACAACUGGUUAUAACGCAACAAAGUAUGUUAAAGUGGUGCAAAAAAGUGUUUAAUAAAUAAACCUUAUCGAAUUUAUCUAUCGGGAUGUGUUUUCGAUAACCAAAAUAUACAAUGGCUUGUGGAUUACAAAACUACGAGGACAGAGAAAUUACCGCGGCUGAGCAGGAGUUCCAAGCGAAAUGGGGCAGGUUUUCCGACUGGUUGCACUGCAUUUGUGUGGUAACGUUCGACUUGGAGCUCGGACAGGCUAUGGAAAGUGUGUAUCCUCCUGGUGUAGAAUUAAGUGACCAAGAAAAGUGCAAUAUCUGUUAUUUAGCGUUCCCAGACUCUAAUUCAGGGUGUAUGGGUGAUACCCAGUUCCAUGUGAAGCUGCGUUCGAGAUCAGGGCUCACGCGGCAACAGAUUAUAUACAACGAAGACAGCGUGCCGACGCUGCGUGCGGAUUCCACGCACUAUUGGGGCUUCGUGUACUUUCGACAAGUCAAGGACCCCUCUCUACCUCGAGGCUACUUCCAGAAAAGUAUAAUUUUACUUACUAGAUUACCUUACAUCAACUUAUUCUACAAAGUUAUUCAACUUAUAGCUCCUAAACAUUUUGAAGAAGGAGAAAGGAGUUUGGAAGCUGCCUGCCAUGAUAUAAACAGGUGGCCUUCACUGGACGCCGGGCAGAACGUUUUGUUGCCUGUGCUUGGUACUGUCUUUCAGUCAUACAUUCCUAAUCAACAGACUGGAAAGAUAACUCGAUCUGAUAUAGCCAAACAAGUUAAUUCUCCAAAUGUACCUCACAUAUUAGCCUCAAUACAGGAUGUUAAUGUGUUUGAUGCUCUGUCUAGUGUGAUAUCACACUUGCAUUUGUUAUGGGAGCUGGUUUUGACUGCAGAACCUAUUGUUGUGAUGGCAAGUUCUCCUACAGAGUGCUCAGCAUUAGUCCAAGCUCUUACAUACUUGAUACAGCCACUACCAUACUCCGCAGAGUACAGACCGUACUUCACAAUUCAUGACAGUGAAUUCAAAGAGUUUACUAGAAAGCAAUUCAACCCACCUUGUGUGAUACUGGGUGUGACCAAUCCAUUCUUUACAAAAACGUUGCAACAUUGGCCACAUACCAUAAAGUUGGGUGAUGCUACCUCAAUAAAAACUAAGUUAAGAAAAGUUGGUAACCUCAAGCUUUUGGACACUGCUCCAGGGGUUUAUACUCAAUACAAACCUUUUUUGGAAAAAGAUAAGGCAAUUAUAAAGAAACUUCAUAAUGGUAUAAGAACUGACCGUCCGUCUGAGGUCCAGACGGCAAUGGUCAAGCGUCACUUACUGGAACUUACCCAGAGUUUUAUGAUACCAUUGGAGAGAUAUAUGGCUUCUCUGAUGCCCCUACAGAAGAAUAUAUCUCCAUAUAGAGCACCUCCAGUGCCAAAUCCCUUCAACCCAGAAGAUUUCUUUGCUACUCUGCAACAAUCCGGACCUCAACUGACCACCGGUAUCAAAGGAGACUGGAUUGGUCUAUACAGAAACUUCUUUAGAACACCAAAUUUCGGAGCGUGGUUCCAUGAACGUCAUAGCAAUUUAACAAAUAAACUAAAUGCAUUACAACUAGAAGCAUUAGCCGAGAGUGACUUAAAGAAAUGGUCAAUUGGGAAGAAGGAGGUUGAAAUUGUAGAUAUGGUUUUGAAAUUGAGAGAGGUAUUGAAGAGUAACCCUCCCGUAGCGGACAAUACGCGGACGCUGUUAGCGCGUCGGCUUGAGGACCUCAACUGUGUGCUGCCGGAGGACAUGAAGAGUAUACUGAACGCGACCACGUGACAGCUGCACUGCUGCGCCUCCACUUACAGAGGAUGCAGCGAAGACUGCAAGACACACAUCAGGAAGGUAGCCGGUCGCUCCAUCGUGUGCAUGUAAAGUGUUCUAGUGUAAUAACCAUGCAAUAGUACCGAUUUGAGGAACGAUUGCGUGAAACUUUUACAAUAUCAAUUAUGUUUGAUUGCGAUAUUUUAUGACGUCGUUUACUAAUGUCGUGUUAAAGUAAUAUCAAGUCCAUUAUUUACAUUGUGUACAGUUUAUUUCGAGUUUAUUUGGCCAGUAUUGCUAAUAAGAUUUUAAUUAUAUUCGUAUUACUGGUAACGUUUUUUUCUGACCAACGCUGUAAUGUUUAUUAUUACUUGAACACAUGUGACCAAUUGUUUUGAGAAUCUAUGCUUCCAUGUUAUGUACCGAUACUCUGAUAUUAAUUAGCCGAAAGUUUUAAUUAGGUACUAAUUGUAUUUAGUAGUAGGUUACCUAAUGACAAGGAAUCCUGUGGGAAUGACUGAUUUUGUUAUAACUGGGUUAUGUAAAUACGAUUUUCGAUUACGAUCAAUGAUGUAGGUACCACUGUUUUGACCUUCAUUAGGUCAAUAACAAGUGUUAUAAGCUCUUUGUUUGAUCACCUAUGGCCUAAAAUUAACUUUUAAUUUUACGACGAGACAUUUUCCUCAAAAAUGA